AUGACGACUCAUGGUCCGUGCCAAGCGCCUUUACUAAGCACAUGGACAAUACUCAGUGAUGAGAAAAAUGCUUUUAAAAAUAAUGAAUUCGCGAUAAAUUAUCUAAGAACAAUUGAAAUAUAUUUUGGAGGUGGUUUAAUGCCUCAAGAUUACAAUUUGCAUAAAAUAAUUUAUUACAAGUUUUGUAUUUUGUUCGAAGCUUAA